CUUCUUACCGUAUCAAAACCCAAAGUACAAGACCCGGAAUUCUCGAAAACGGAGAGGACAAUUUCGUAAUUUAAGAUUCACCAUAUAAGAAGUCGCCAUCAGUCGUUACCAUCGAUCGAAGCAUUUACUCGCUUGAUCACACCCGCCCCUCUCUCUCUGUCUCUCUCAUAUCAGAAAAACAUCUCAGGAAGGAAGAAAGACAGAAAAGAAAUCCGAUCCCCUUCAAUGCAGACUCGAAACCCUAGAAAAUGCCCUAGAACUUCCGUAAUCGUCAGACCGAAUUUCCAGACUCCAUCUUCAAUUUCCUUCUACUUCUCUGGAUUUUGAACUUCCGAUUCUUCCCAUUUUCGAAAAAGGACAAUGUUGGAAUGGCCCAGUUCAGGCAAUCAGGCGCGGAUAGAUUCUCAAUCCGAGUCAACGGAAGCAACAGCGUUGACCAGAUCUCCGCUCGGAACACUCACAAGCAGGGUAGGAUCAGACGGUCCGGACGUUCUGAUAAGUAUCAGAAGGUCUCGGUCGGUGCUGUUGUCGUGAUUAUAUCUCUGAUGCUCCUUGUUACUGUCUUCGCUCUUUACUUCCUUGCUGCUGAUAAAGAAUACGACAGUUCAAAUGGGCAAGAUGCAGAUGGAAAGAAUGUAGCGGAUUUUCUGUCAAGUGCGGGUCAGAGGAAGGGUUUUAAAGUUCUCGAGUUCGGGAAAGGUUCCGUUGCGUUUGGUCGGGAUUCAAGAUACUGGGAUGGGGAUGACAGGAGAAGAGAUGGGGAAUACAAUCAAAAUGCAUCGAAGCUCAGGAAUGUUGGUGAUCUUGAUGGAACGAAAGGAAAGAGUCAAGUUUUGGCAAAUGAUAUGAGUAGAAACAAGCAAUUUCCUUCAAGGGAUACUCAUGGAAGGUCCUAUGGGAAGCAAGGUGGGAAUCGAAGAAGCUCAGGAUUGUACAAUGAAGCUGGGCGUGAUGAGCUGAAACUUUAUGAGGCAGAAUAUGAGGCAUCUCUGAAGAAUUCCAACCAAUCAAGAGAAGAAAAUAAUGACAAACAUGGCCUGUCCGAUGGUGCUGAUGGUGGGUCACAGAAUGGAGAGGCUAAUUUGGAGGAUGAAUAUGACGAUGAUGGUAUUGAUUCUCAUGAUGCUCGCAGGGAAGAUUCUGAUGUUACAAGACAUGAUGGUGUGGACUAUUUGGACAUAGGUAAAAGCCUAGGUGAUGAUGGUGUGGAGUUCUCAGAUGACCUUGACAAUCGAUUUAGGCGGUCGAGCUCGAUCAGGGAGUCUAAUGUUUCUGAUGAAGCCUUCAGUAAGAAAUUUGAGAAAGAUUCCUCUCUGUUACCUGAAAGUGUUAGUACUGGUAAAAUCGGGUCUGGGCGUGGCAAUGCCAAUGGUGAUGAAAUGAGGAAACGUGCUAUUUCUGAAAAGAAGCCGGAUUCAAGAAAAAGAGGGAAGCGUCACAGAUUUUCUGGUUCAUCUUGUGAGAUGAAGUUUUUAAACUCUACAGCUCAACUUGUAGAACCUUUAGAGAGCAGAAAAUUUUCAAGGUUCACCUUGCAGUAUACAGAAGUAGAAAACAGACCAAAUGUACCAGAAGAGUGGGAACCCAGAUUUGCUGGGCAUCAGAGUCUCCAAGAAAGGGAAGAGUCGUUUUAUGCUCAUGACCAAACUAUAAAUUGUGGCUUUGUUAAAGGUCCCAAUGGAUCUCCAAGUACUGGAUUUGACUUGGCAGAGGAUGAUGUGAGAUUCAUGAGUAGCUGUCAUAUAGCUGUAUCUUCCUGCAUCUUUGGGAAUUCCGAUAACUUGAGGACGCCUACUAAUAAAAUGGUCACACGUUUGUCAAGGAAAAAUGUCUGCUUUGUUAUGUUUGUGGAUGAGAAUACAUUGCAAACAUUAUCAUUGGAGGGUCAAAAACCUGAUAGAAUGGGGUUUAUUGGUUUGUGGAAGAUUGUGGUUGUAAAGAAUUUACCCUAUUCCGACAUGAGGAGAGUGGGCAAAGUACCAAAGUUUUUGACACAUCGACUUUUUCCUUCUGCUAGGUAUUCAAUCUGGCUGGAUAGCAAACUGCGGCUCCAAAGCGAUCCUCUCCUCAUUUUGGAAUAUUUCUUGUGGCGGCAUGGUUACGAGUAUGCCAUCUCUAAUCACUAUGAUCGGCACUGUGUAUGGGAAGAAGUGGCGCGAAACAAGAAGCUGAACAAGUUUAACCAUACCAUUAUAGAUCAACAGUUUGCAUUUUACCACGCGGAUGGGCUGAAAAAAUUUAAUCCCUCGGAUCCAGACAAACUGCUGCCUAGCUAUGUUCCAGAAGGAUCUUUCAUUGUGAGAGCUCACACACCUAUGUCAAACCUGUUCUCCUGUCUUUGGUUCAAUGAGAUCGACCGGUUCACCCCACGUGAUCAGUUGAGUUUUGCGUAUACAUACUUGAAGCUGAGAAGGAUGAAUCCCGGGAAACCUUUUCAUCUCAAUAUGUUCAAGGACUGCGAAAGGCGAUCAAUAGCUAAACUUUUCCGUCACAGGGCAGACGAGAAGCGGAGUGUUCCGUCACAAGCAAUAGGGUGAAAUAUGCGUUAUUCCGAGAUUUUAGAUAGAAAGGUCUCUUUCUUUCUUGUUGUAUGUAUUUUGAGCCUGUCGCAAAGCCCAUCCGUGUUCAUUCUUGCGAGUAUGAUUCAGCAAAUGCAUCUAGAGAUGGUGAUCUUUUUUGCUGAGUUGUACCAUGAAUGGACCAUUGCCACUAUCAUGAGGUUUGAUUUCAAUGAUGGGCCAUAGGGGAUAUGCUGUUUUCCUUUGGGACCAGCAAUUCAGGUCAGGUCGAGGUUUUGCAUUCUUUCUAUCUUUUUAGCAUUUUGAUCAAUAUAUGAUAUACUUCACAUUGAUUUUUAGUGCAAUUUUCUGUGGAUUUACGAAGGCCCUGUGGUUUACCUGCACUAACUGUUGUACAAUGACAAUGUAAAUUUUCGUCCCAUUGUUGCCAGGACUCUUAAAAUUUCA